AAAAACAAUGUACCUACAGCUAAUACUAAAUAUUAAUUAUAAAUUAAAAAAACAAUUAUAAACGUACUUAAAAUUCGAGUUUGUGUGGUGUUGCAUCAUCGCAAAAAAUUGUAAUUGCAACUAUUGCAGUAAAACAGAAGACAACCAAAUUACACACUUAUAUAGUUUACGUAUUGUAAAACUUACAAUAAUUUAUAUCAAGAUGAUGCGCUACGAUGAAGGUGAACUCACAGACAAUAGGCCUUGUGCAGGCAUUAGAGCGGAUCUCAAAAUGUGUUUGUUGGAAUCAGACUGUUGUAAAAUACAAAGAAAGUUGCCCAAAGACUGCUUGAAAGAGAAAAACUGUCCACCAGAAUGUUUAGCAUUACAAAAUACAUUUUUUGAAUGCAAGAGAUCACUUUUGGAUAACAGACAGCGAUUCAGAGGAAGAAAAGGCUACUAACAAUAUAUAUGUUGUAUAAAUUUCAAGAGGCGAAGACUUUCUCUGAUAUUUAUAUAUAAGUUAUAGUUAUUUUCUUUUCAGUUGUUAAAAAUAAAAUUAUUCAAAAAUUA